UUAUGUUGGGGAUUAAGAACAUGAGAGAGAAACUGUGAUCUCACAUUUGAAGCGAACACUGAAAUGUGUGUUCUCCUGAUGAUACUGUCACUUUAUUUUUCUGACGCCUUUUUGGAUUCUCAUGCAGGUUCCUAUGUAUGUGGGGUAUGCGGGAAGAAGUACAAGUAUUAUAACUGCUUUCAGACACACGUCAGGGCGCACAGAGAGUCGGAUAACAUGGUUGCAGAUGGUCUACCCCAGACACCCAACAUCUUGUCUCCUCACUGUAGCCGCCUUCCCAUAGGUGACAUCCUAAUACCAGAUAGCUUCCGUUACUCCUGUGACAUCUGUGGCAAGAAGUAUAAAUACUACAGCUGCUUCCAGGAGCACCGUGACCUGCAUGCAGUUGAUGAUCCAUAUGAACAGGUAGUGUUACCUGUGGACGGCCUUAAAGAGGAGGAGCCAGUUGAACCCUACCAGAAAAUUGGACCAAAAACGGGAAGCUAUGUGUGUGAGUUCUGUGGGAAGCAGUACAAGUAUUUUAACCCGUACCAGGAGCAUGUUGCUCUUCACGCGCCAAUGGGCUCCUUUGAUUUGAAGACAUCACGGGUACAGGAAUGCGGCAGCAUGGAUAUGAGUAAAUUUGGCCACAGCCAAACUGGUAAGAUAAAAAACAGUCCAUUCAGGCGGAAACUGGAAAGUGCAAUUCAGUCUAGUCUGGUUGACACAAACAGUUCGCAGAAUUCAAGCGGAACUCCGAGCCCUCUGGUGGCCAGCACCUUCUCUACAACCCAGAAACCCUACACUUGUGGUGCCUGUGGCAUCCAGUUCCAGUUCUACAACAACCUGCUGGAGCACAUGCAGUCCCACGCUGCGGACAAUGAGAACCACACGAAAGGGGACUCUCCCAAAACCUCCUCAGCCUCCGGUCCCCAAGAGCCGCUGUGGAGGAGCUCUCCGGCUCAGGCCCAUUCCUCAGUUAAACUACAAAUACAGCCUCAAAGCCUCCCCCAGAGAAACCACACCGUCAGCCAGAAUAAUGGACUGCCUGAGAAGGAACGUCAGCAGGUGGCUGAGCGCCUCUUACGGGUAAUGUGUUCAGAUCUGAGCAUGCUAAAUGUGCUCAACAGCAAGGACUUCCUGAAAUUGGCACAGACCUUAGUGGAUACGGGUGCUCGUCACGGUGCCUACUCCACCCGUGAUGCGUUUGGCAACAUGAGUGCCUUGGCACUGCGUCAGCUGCCCCGCAUGUACAACCAAGUCAAAGUCAAAGUCACGUGUGCCCUCGGCUCCAAUGCUUCACUUGGCAUCGCGAUCACAUGCCACUCCCAGACAUCGGGCCCCGACGCUUGCUACGUUCUCACAGCCUACCAGGUGGAGGGGUCGAGGCUGAAGCGCUACGUGCUCGGUGUGAGGGAGGCUGAGCUGAGGGAGGGGCCCGAGCAGAUUCACCACUGGGUGCAGAAUGUGCUGUCCGAGUUUGUGAUGUCCGACAUUCGCACCGUGUACGUCUCCGAGCCCAAAGUGUUGGCAGCGGGAUUCGCGGGAUCGCCACUCGGCGGCGGCCGGAGCAGGAUAUGCUUGCGAUGCGCCGGGUGUUCACUCGGUGCCGUUGUCCAGGCUGUUCUUGGGAAGCGCAGCCUCCAGGCUCGAGGUCUUCAUGAGCUGGCCGAGCUUCUCUCAACGUGCCGGGAUAUUGCCGCCUCCACCACGCUGUCCCUUCGCGAGGAACAUUGCUCCAAAACAUCCACAAGCACAACGGAGGAAGGUGCACAGAGCCCCACCCCUCCCUGCUGGGAGCGUGGGGCUGAAGCUCUCCUGCAGGUCCACGCCCACUUUGAACAGAUUUGCGAGGCUUACGGACGCAGUAAGACCACAGCUCCGCUCCUCCAAGGUCUCAACAAGCAUCUGCUGGGUACGCUGUCUUGUCUGCUGGCACCUCUGCGUUUGGCAGCUCUGGAGCUGAGCGGCCAGAGGAGACCAACCUUACAGCAGGUGCUGCCCGUGUACCUUCGCUUGGAGAAGUUUUUCACGUCCAAAGCUGGAGAGGCUGGAACCGGCCCAGCUAGCAAACUCUGCCACUACUUCCUAGAAGCACUUAAGGAACAUUUCAAGGUCGAACGAGCCCACCAGGUAGCCAUGAUCCUCGACCCACAGCUCAAACUGUGUUCAGUGCCGGCCUACCAGCAUGAAGACAUAAUCUCCCGCGCAUGCGAAAUGGCUGCUGAAACCAGGGAUGGAGGUAUGACCGGUGGUGGAGGAGGUUCAGGCGGUGAAGAGCGGGACACCGAUGGCCCACCGACCCCGAAAAUAAGCCGCAUAGAGGGAGGGGGAAACAAUGGCGGCACCUCAAGGGGGUCUUGCACAGUGUCUGGUAAUGAUGAGAGUCAGAGCCAAGUUAGACAAGAGAUUUUUCAAUACAUGGCUGAGCCUCUUCUCCAAGGCACACCUGACCUCUUCCAGUACUGGAGCUCAGCAGUGAAUGAGAAGUUCCCCAGGCUUUCUCGCCUGGCAAUGUGGCUCCUUGCUGUGCCUGCUGUGGGCAUACGCAGUGAGUGUGUGACUGUCUGCGAGCAGAGCCUGGCUAUGAAGAGGAGGCAGCAGGUAACCUCCGAGGAGAUGAACAAACUCAUUUUCCUUCGCUCCAACAUGGGCUAGGAGAGACACUCGACCAACCAAACCUUCACCUCCAACCAAUGACUGAAGACUAUUAUUUAUAUACUGUAGGCUUAGACCAACUGUAAACUUAAAUGUGUUAAAUACUUCUCAUGACAGAUAUUUACCAGAAACUCGCAUUGUAUAGGUUGCAAACACUCAUAAAACAAUACGACUUAUUGCAUAUUUUGUAUGGAGAAAGGACUGUUGUCAAGUACUAUGGACAAAUUGUAGGGGUGGAACGGUAGCUCUCAAAAGAUUGUUUGGUACACGGCCCUCGGUUUGGCAUGCACAUGUAAGCAGGAUCCCUCUUAUGAUUAGAAUUACUUCAGCCUAAUGACGUAACUGCUAAUAGGCUAUAAUGCUGUUCUCACUGGAUGACAUCAUUUUCAGGUAAAAAUCUGCUUUCGCUGCUUGGAACUACUGUCACAGACCUCUGAAAAUCCAUAAGUAGUAUCAGGAUGAAUCUGAAUAGUCGACUGUUCAACAGUUCAAUCUCAAGAAGCCUGAUUGGACUGCAUAUGUUCCUAAAUAACAGAGCUUAGCACUAUCAGAGAGCUAGAUAUAUUUUGAAUUUCAUGAAUAUUCUCCAAAAUCAGCUCGGGGGAGACGCGUAGAAACGGGUGUUAGCGCCGUUAUAACAAGUGUUUGCGUUUUGCGUCUCUUGAGACCGUCUCUUCGCUUCCCUGUCGUCUCCUUUCUGUCUGUCGAUUGCUACGAUGUGAAAAAUGAAAUUGGGACAGAAAGUUCUAUUUACAACCACGAAAAUCAAACGGGAUAAGAAACUGUGUCUCUCUCUAUCGAUCUCCACUCCAUGUCAGUACAACAGACAGCGCCGCAACUACACACACACACACAAGUACACACAUGUACACACCCUACAUAACGACGCUGUCCAUUGUUCUGAAACAACAGCUGAGGGAUAGGAACGUGUAUCUCGGCCAGUAAUGUUGUUUUUAGUAUUUUUCUAUGUAAAGCUGAAACGGAGGAAUCAAUAAGCAAGAACAAACAAAAGACAUGAUUUGACGAUCAGCCGAAUAUAGGCAUCUCUUGGCCAAUCGGAUACGAUAAUGUAAAUUCUUCGGGACACUCCUAAAGUACUGUAACAUGUAGAGUGUUUGGACAAACGAUUCAAAAGGUGAAUCUCUACUGCCAUUGCACCUCUGACAUCUGAUUUACUAUCACGAAUCGACACAUUCAGCCAUGUGAGACGGUCGGGUCUCUAAGAGCUACAUCAUCGCAGCCGAUUGGACGGUUGCUUAAUAAGCGGCCUAGCAUUUUAGCUGUGGAUCAUUUGCAUGCACUGCACUGCAUGCACUUUUUUUCAUUCAAAAGGAUAAAACAUUAAUAUGACGCUUUUUGUUUAUGUUACGAAUUGUAGAGAAAAGUCAUCAAAUGGUUAAAUUAAAUCAGGUCUUAUGCUGCUGAAUAUGCAGGUCAAACGGCUAGAUACACUAUUUAAUUUAUUACCAUUGAUCAUUCUAAUAUAUACAUUGUCUUCCCUAUGUGAGCCACACAUUUAUCAUAGUUCAUCUACUAGACAUGACUGUUCUCAUGACGGUUAACAACAGCUCAUUAUUAAUAGUCAUAUUUUGUUUUGUGUGAAAUCAACGGGAUCUUCUCAGGAAUGAGUGCACCCAAGCAGGCACCCGCCACUUUUUCCUCACUGUACCGAAAACACACCAAACCUGUAACCUCAAUGCCGAGGAAUGUACUGAACCGUGACUUUUGUGAAACGUUCCACCCCGAAUACAGUUCGUGCCAUUUGCAACAAAUAAACAAAAAAAAAAAUGGAUCACUGAGGGUUUAUUUUUUUUUUUUUCAGGCUAAAGCAAAUUCUGCCAGUACUAAUGAAAUCAAGCUGUUUUAUUUUUUUAUGGAUUCUAGUAUACAUCUGCAUUAGCCAAUACCUCCUGAAAUGACUUGGAUGAAUGGAAAUGAUACUGUAAAUGCGUUUGUUGCCUUUAAUACUAAUUUGUCAAGUACUAGUUUGUCAUCUGUGUUUUUGGGCCUUAAGUCUUUUUCAUGCGUUCACCUUGAACCCUACAGUCAGAACCAACAUCAUGCCUUUGUAUUGCUGUUCAAUGGCCUUCUUUCCACCAUCUUUUCUAAAGUUGUUUUUUUCACUCCGGUAGACUCGAAGGGGAACCUCUGGCUGAUGGUGUGAAACAGUGUCCUCUAGUGGACGAGUGGGGGACUUAAAAAAAAAAAAAAAAAACUGGUAUUUGACAAGUGUUCCAAAGUUUUAAGUCGUCUCUUGGUUUACAAAGUAGGCCAGGACUUAUUUCAACAAUAACACACCCAAGCACAAGCAUCCACUGUAUAAAGCUAUAGGUAGUAGAUCAGGUCUUCAUUGGGCUCACAUCAGAGCAGGAAGACGUAUCAAUGUUGUGUGCAUUGACAGACACCUCCCCUCAUAGACGGGUCACUGUUAGUGAUCCGCAUUUAUUUAUCACCCAGGUUGGAAUUGUGACAUGUGCUUUUUUUUUUUUUUUUGAGGUUGAGCGUGGGGGGGCAGUGUUGUUAAACACGACUGCGCCUUUUUAGUUUGUAAGGACACAGGAAGUAUAAUGUAGAUAAGUCAGUACACUGCACAUGGAAAUGUGAGUAAAUAGUUUGAAGUGUAAAACCAAGAACGGACAGUUUUUAUUUAUGAUAAACAUUUUAUUCUAAAUGCUUUUAUGGUUAAAUAUGCUUCAGUUAUGUCUGUCAAUCUAAGAUGAAUGGCUCUGCAUUGCAAACUGUGUCAGGUUGUUUUUAAUAGACCGUUGCCCUCAUUACGUCCGUCUCCAGCUUUGAUUUAGUGUUUUCAUAAAUGCUUUUUAUCUCCUAAAAGAGUGACUGCACGCCGGGCUGAAAAGCACUGUUUUGCUGCCCUCUCUCUGGUUGAAAGCUUACCGCCUGUUUCACCAAUCCGUGUCGGAUGGAAGUGGUCAGAAACACCUGUAACCACACCCAGCGGUGAUGUCACGGGGUAGCUUGAGUACACCUGUACAUCACUGCAGCCAGGUGAGAAGUUAAACCACUUGAAGGGGGCAGCAAAGGCAACAUGUUCAGGGGGUCUUAGGGUUGCUCUGUAAUGGUUUCUGAAACUGUCUUUUUUUUCUUUUCUUUGCAUUGAGGUUAUUAUUCUGUUCACAUUUUAACACGGUGUAUCUGUUUUCCCUCUGUGUGAUAGUAUAAUACUGUUCUACAACUGAUUUAUGUCACAUUUAUAUUUUGGUAAAAAGAAAAAAAAGGAUUGGGGGCGAGUUAUAUUUAAAAUCUUUAUUUUUUAAGAACCAAUCCAAUGUUUUGCCUCAGUACUCAGAAGGUAAUGUUGUGAUUUUAAGAUUGGAAAAUCAGAUGUUCAUACAAAAUUUAGCUUUGGUCUAAGAUCUAGUCAAAACGCUGUACAUUAGUAUUAGCAGUGAUCCUGAAUUGAACUGACGAAGGGAUUUUUCUUACAGGUUUUUAAAUAAGUAUUUUAAAUAUGAUAUGCUCUGGGACAAAAUGCCAUUGUUGACGUAAUGAUGUCAACAUAAUUUUACUUAGAAAUAGCAUUCUUUUUUUGUUGAUUAAAUGAGAAUUAUAUCUAAGAUAUGCAUGCUUUUAAUACGAUUACUGGUAUAUAAAGUUACAGCCGCCGUGGUUCACUUCCAUCUGAGGUGAAACGCUGGCUCAUGAGUAGACGUCACCUUUAGGACACUCAUCAAACAGCCAGAGGAGCAACCGGGACUGACUUUUAACCUUUGACGGUGGGGAGCAGAGCGAUGCUGAGGAUAAGUUGCUGUUAAUGGGUUGACAUCAUCCAUUUUUCAGAGGAUGAAUUAUGUAAAUACAAGAGAACUGCUGUCUUAUGCCACAAGGGGGAGCCUUCAUUUCAGAGCUACAGUAGGGAACACCAAUAACAUUAUACCUCUAUUUUCUACAGUAGCAUUUCAAAAGGUUUUUGAUAUAAUAGAAAACUCAACUUAAGAUACUGUUAUUAGACAAUUUAAAUCCGCUGUAAGUUUUAUUUUGUUUCAGGAUUUUAACUUAUUCAGAUUAACAAUUGUAAAAUAUGGUAUAAGAAUGCAAACAUGGAGACCUUUUCUGUUUUAACUAUGGAUCAUACUCUGUAUUAUCAAUUCAGGUUAAGAAAUUAGUGUUGCUUUCACCCUAUUUUACAGGCAUUUCUUCCUUUUAUACUCUGCUAAAAUGCAAAAAAAUGGGUUGAGUCUCUUAAUUUUGUGUGUUUUUAAUGCACUUUGGCAGCAGAUUCCUGUGUAGCUUCAGAUCUGAGUUGUCUUUAUUAGUAAGCCUAAUUUAUACUUUUGUAGCAACACUAUUUUUAUAUAAUGGCGAAGAAAAGGGUUCAGUGUCUUUCUUUUGUUCCUGUGUCAUAUGUGGCAGCGCUGUUCAGUGUUUCUUGAAUACAUUACCCACUGUAGUAUGUGAUGUGUGAAUAAACUCCAAAUCUGUGUCAACAGCA